AUGAGCACCGGGGCGGCGUCCGGGUCUGGGCGGGGGCGGCCCCGGGGCGGGGGGCCGGGACCCGGGGACCCCCCGCCCAGCGAGACCCACAAGCUGGUGGUCGUGGGCGGCGGCGGCGUGGGCAAGAGCGCGCUGACCAUCCAGUUCAUCCAGUCCUACUUCGUGUCUGACUACGACCCCACCAUCGAAGACUCCUACACCAAGAUCUGCACUGUGGAUGGCAUCCCUGCGCGAUUGGACAUCUUGGACACCGCGGGUCAAGAGGAGUUCGGGGCUAUGAGGGAGCAGUACAUGCGCGCAGGCCACGGCUUCCUGCUGGUGUUUGCCAUUAACGACAGGCAGAGUUUCAACGAGGUGGGCAAGCUCUUCACUCAGAUCCUCAGAGUCAAGGACCGCGACGAUUUCCCCGUGGUGCUGGUGGGGAACAAGGCGGAUCUGGAGACGCAGCGGCAGGUCCUGCGCUCUGAAGCAUCCACUUUCAGUGCCUCCCACCAUGUGGCUUAUUUCGAGGCCUCAGCCAAAUUGCGUUUGAAUGUGGACGAGGCUUUUGAACAGCUCGUGCGGGCCGUCAGGAGAUACCAGGAGCAAGAACUGCCGCCCAGUCCACCCAGUGCCCCCAGAAAGAAGAACGGAGGAUGCCCUUGUGUCCUGCUGUAGCGAGGCAGGGCCAAGCCACCAUCACAAGCUCUUGGGACCAGCUGUCUCACACCUUACUGUGUGGCCUGAGGCCCUGGCUGAGCCUCAGUUUCCUCUUUGAGUUUCCCAGGAAACACUGUACCCUUCACUUUCACUUUCCAGCCUCCUGGGCCAUUGCCACUGUGUGCCUUCCGCCAAACUUAAUCCCUUGGUGGGGUAAAGGGCUCCCAGGUCACUGCUGUAUAUAAGUCUACUUCCCCAGAAAACUAAAUGUCACUGCCAACCACA